CACUGCUGCCCCCCGGCUUCGCCUGGACAUCCAGCUAUAAAAACGGAUCGCGCCGUGAAACCACCGCAUCAUUCUCCGUCUCUCAGCCUUCCUCUCUCUCUCGCACUCCAAUAGUUAAUCGCCGGUCAGUUUCAGUCGCAGUCAAUCGUAUUCUCUCGAGAUGGAUGCCGCAACUAAGGUGAAGAAGGGAGCCGGUGGCAGGAAGGCCGGCGGCCCUAAGAAGAAGCCCGUCUCCAGGUCGGUCAAAGCCGGUCUUCAGUUCCCCGUCGGAAGAAUCGGAAGGUACCUCAAGAAGGGAAGGUACUCUCAGCGGGUCGGCACCGGAGCUCCUGUCUACAUGGCCGCCGUCCUCGAGUAUCUGGCUGCUGAAGUUCUUGAGCUGGCUGGAAACGCUGCCCGUGACAACAAGAAGAACAGGAUUAUCCCUCGCCAUGUGUUGCUGGCCAUCAGGAACGACGAGGAGCUCGGAAAGCUGCUCGCCGGAGUGACCAUUGCGAGCGGUGGUGUUCUCCCCAACAUCAACCCGGUGCUGUUGCCGAAGAAGACCGACAGAGCCACCAAGGAGCCCAAGGAAACCAAGUCGCCAGGCAAGGCCGCCAAGUCACCGAAGAAAGCUUAGUUGAAUGGGUUACACAGACAGACUGCUUGUGUUUCUUCUUGGCUCCGUUUUAGAUGUACCUAAUUCUCAGUUUAGUUGUUUUGGUGGGUUUCUUUUCCGUGUUGGAUCCCAGAGAAAAAAAAAAACAGAUGCAUUAUGUGAAAAAGCGGCAUCUCCUUUCUUCUCUACUCAUCGUUGUUAUCACAGUGGUAGGAUGUGUAAGGAUUGUAGUGAUUGGAGCUGUUAUGGAUUGGAACAUUUUGUUUCCGCCCAAUUUCUUGUUACUGCAUUCAUUGUUCAUGGUUACUUCAUUUUCACUUGCUUCAGUGUUAUGCUCCCAUUUGUUGGCUAUUUGUGAUGAUAGACCGCCAUGGAUGGCUAACUCUGAAGCUAACGAGCAUAUAACAAGAGCGAAAUCUGACUAUUCUCAAA